UCUUCUCCUUAGGCCAAGCAAAAAACAGAAAGCGGGAGAGCGUCUGAGCGCCUGAGUGCGAGAGAGAACGAGCGGAGAGGAACGAGAGGAAGGAAUUCGAGUUGAGUCAUCACGGCUAUACUUGGAGCCGUCGGGUGGAAUCUCCACCACGAGGAGAAUCCAUCUCAAGUGGACCAAUUUCAGAACUUUCUUGUAGAGAAGAGAAUUCCUUCCCCUCACGGUGGUAGGGGUGCUCUACCCUCCGAAGGCGGAAGCCCCUCCGAUCUCCUCUUCCUCGCCGGCGGUGGUGGUCUCUUCCCCUCCUUCCCCCUAACCCAUCUCCCCUUUUCCACCUUUUCCGUUCGGGUCGAAUAGGGGGGCUAAUAACAGCCACUGACCUACCUAACUUUUUUCCGAUAUUCACGUCGUCGUGACCUUGUUUGUCCGAGAAACCAACUGGUUUUUUGUCCACGAUGUUGACCAUUAAAAGGGUCCCCACCGUCGUCUCUAACUUCCAGGAAGAAAGCCCUGAAGCACUCGGUUGCGGCCGGAAUUGCCUCGGCAAGUGUUGCGUACCCGUGUCGAAACUUCCUCUCUACGCUUUCAAAAGAGAUGGCAGCGAUUCGAUCAAAGGCGAGGGAGCAGUCCAAUCCGAGGAGAGCAACCAGGUUUGUUUCCUCAACGAUUUGCUGCUGGGGCAGUGGGAGAACCGGAUGAGCCAAGGCCUCUUCCGCUACGACGUGACGACCUGUGAGACCAAGGUUAUUCCUGGGGAUUAUGGUUUCAUUGCGCAGCUCAACGAAGGUCGUCACCUGAAGAAACGGCCAACCGAGUUCCGUGUCGACCGGGUCCUCCAGCCCUUUGAUGAGAAGAAGUUCAAUUUCACUAAGGUGGGCCAAGAAGAGGUACUCUUCAGGUUCGAGGAGGGUGAGGACGAUGAGACUAAGUAUUUUCCCAAUGCGCCUGUCGGCCAGAAUUCCAAGUCUCCCAGCGUCAUUGCCAUUAAUGUUAGCCCCAUUGAGUAUGGACAUGUACUUCUGAUUCCCCGUGUCCUCGAUUGCUUGCCUCAGAGGAUUGACCAUGAAAGCUUCUUGCUUGCUCUUCAUAUGGCAGAUGAAGCAGCAAAUCCAUUCUUCCGGCUGGGCUACAACAGCUUGGGUGCCUUUGCCACCAUCAAUCACCUCCAUUUCCAGGCAUAUUACCUGUCGGUUCCCUUCCCGGUCGAGAAGGUCCCAACUCAGAAAAUUAUCACGGUGAAGAAUGUACCAGAUAAUGGGGUGAUAGUGUCCAAACUGUUGAACUAUCCAGUUAGGGGACUGGUUUUUGAGGGUGGAAAAACAAUGAAAGAUCUGUCUGAUGCUGUCGCUAGUUCUUGCAUCUGCCUCCAAGAUAACAACAUUCCAUACAAUAUUCUCAUCUCUGAUUGUGGCAAGCGGGUCUUCCUUUUCCCUCAGUGUUAUGCAGAGAAGCAGGCACUUGGAGAAGUGAACCAGGAGCUUCUAGACACCCAAGUAAACCCUGCAGUGUGGGAGAUAAGCGGGCACAUGGUGUUGAAGAGGAGGAAAGAUUAUGAAGAUGCAUCAGAGGACUAUGCUUGGAGGCUCCUGGCUGAGGUCUCUCUCUCAAAGGAGAGGUUUGAAGAGGUGAAGGCUUACAUAUUGGAAGCUGCAGGGUUGCAAGAGGCUUGUGUGGAGGUGGCCAAUGUUGGAAACGAGGAGCAGGAAGAAGCUCCAUUUGAGGCUCCAGGGCCAACCCCCACUCCACAUUUUCCCCAGGAUUGUCUGGUGCUGCAGUGAUGCUUUAUGCUUGGUCUAUUUUAAUGGUUUUUGUAUAUAUUUGAGGCUCUAGGGCCAACCCCCAACCCACUUUACCCCAAUACUUGUUUGGUGCUGCAGUGAGCUUUUAGUAUAUUUUAAAGGUUUGUGUAGUCAAAGGCAUCUUUUGCUUGGUCUCCAUUAAAUAAAACAAGCGGUUGAUGAUCCAUGCAGUGGUAGUAUGGGUCUGCAACUGCAAGAGGGCACUCUUGAUUAAUAGUUGUGUUUGUAUUUGCAGUAAUCCUUGUACAUGCACCAGUUUGUAACCAGUUAUCCGGUUGCAAAUAAUUGGCAGUUUGUUCCAA